CUACUGAAACUGAUUCUGAUGCUAUUGCAAUUUUCUCAAACUUUGGAAAUUGUACUAAUAUCUUUGCUCCAGGUACCCUUAUCACUGCAGCUGGAAAUCAGAGUUCUACCGGUCUUAUAACAUUUGACGGAACUAGUCAAGCAUCCCCUCACGUUGCUGGAACAGUUGCUUUAAUUAUUGCAUCUAGUGGAAAUAAAUCUCCUGAUCAAAUGAAGAAAUUUCUCGAUAAUUUAUCGACAAAAAAUGUAGUAAAAAAUCUUGAUAAAGUUACUCCAAAUAGAUUU